AUGUCGCACAUAGGCUUUCAACCAUCGUCUGUGCCGCCAUGCAUGCUGACCGCCGAAAUCUGCGGGCACCCCAUUUCCAUGGAUCUGAACACAGGGGCCAGCGUGUCAGUAAUGGCCGGGAAACUCUUCAAGCGUACUUUCCCCGGCGUGUCCGUCGAGGCUUCGGGCGUGAUGGUGCGCAGCUACUCCGGACAACAUUCCCAGGUCCAGGUCUUCAAGCGAGGCGGCAGGGUCUGGAUCUGCGGGGAUUUCAAGGGUACCUUGAACCCCGUCGCUGCCGUCGAGAGGUACCUGCUGCCCCGGAUUGAAGAUCUCUGGUCUGCAUUGUCCGGUGGAGAAAAGUCUACCAAGCUCGACGUCAGAGAUGCUUACCAGCAGCUGGUGCUUCGGGAUGCCUCCCGGAACGACUACGGGGACCACCUACAGAACCUACACAACGUCCUGGCACGACUGCAGGACGUCGGCCUCAAGCUCAAGCUGGAAAAGUGCGUUUUCCUAGCCCCCAGCGUUGAGUACUUGGGACAAGUCAUUUUCCAGCCAGGCCUAGUCCCGGCUCACCGCAAAGUUGAUGCUGUGCUCAAGGCACCCAAGCCCCAGAACAAGAAGGAGCUUCAGAGCUACCUGGGCCUCAUCAAUUUUUACAGGAGUUUUCUGCCUAACCUGUCGCAGCUUCAUGCUGCAGGGCAGCAUUCCAGCCAGCUGGACAAGGAAAGUUCAGCCCUCAUUUUCGGUGUCGAACGCUACCAUCAGUAUCUGUGGGGCCGGAAGUCCGAGGCGGUCACGGACCACAACCCGCUGUUGGGGAUGCUGGGGCCUCACAGGGAAGUUCCUGUGCAGGCGUCACCUCGAGUGGACUUGGGACCUGCUAAAGCCCUGAGCAGCCUGCCCCUGCCAGAGGUGCCUGAUGCUGUGCCAGAACCUGCUGAAGUGUUCAUGCUGGAACACGCGUACCCGGAGGUGCUCUCCAGAUGUGCGGUAUGUCAGGCGGCCAGCCGGGACCCAGUCCUGUCUCAUGUGGUCAAGGCGGUGUCCGGUGGAAAGGAAUUAGUGAAGCAGGCCUAUAGCCAGAAGGUCGCUGAGCUGAGCUUGCAGCAGGGUUGCCCACUAUGGGGUUCUAGGGUGGUGAUCCCACAAAGUCUCCCGUCCCGGGUCCGGCACUUGCUGCACGCGGGUCAACCUGGUGUAGAAAAGACCAAGAUGGUGGCCCGGUCUCAUGUUCGGUGGCCUGGCCUGGACCAGGAUAUCGUUCACUUGGUGCAGAGCUGCCAAAUCUGCCAGGAACAUCAGCGAGGUUCGCGUCAUGUGGAAAUCACCUCCUGUCCGUUGCCACAGAGACCCUGGUCCCGCCUACGUGUGGAUUUUAGGGGACCCUUCAAGGGCGAUUACUUCCUGGUGGUGGUAAAUGCCUUUUCAAUGUGGAUGGAGGUUCUACCUGUCACCACUCCAUCAGCUGGCGCCACCAUUGCAGCGCUACGACAGAUCUUCGCCGCCCAGGGGUUGCCGGAUGUCAUCGUGUCCAACAAUGUUCCUGCUUUCGCCAGCACAGAGUACCUGGUCUGGCUGACGAAGAACGGAAUCUGCCGGAUGAUGGUUCCGCAGUACCACCUUGCUUCAAAUGGUGCAGCCGUGCGAGUGGCGCAAACAAUCAAGGACAAGCUCAAGAAGAGCCAGAUUUGGAACUGGGGAGACGUAGAUUGCCCGGACACUGUUUCAGUACCGGACCACGCCCCACGAUGGCACUGGCCGUGCCCCCUGUGA